GAAAUAUUAUUUUAAAUAACGGAAGAUAUGAGUUCUCUUUUAAGACAUAAUGAAGGAGCAGGUAUUUAUAAUAAUAAUAAAAUAGCUGCUUCUCUACCUUUAGCUAAUAUACCCACUCCAUAAACUGUCGAUUAUGAUUGGGUUUUGGUUUCUGGGUUUAUAGUAAUUUUGACAUAAGUUGGAUUUGCCUUUAUAGGAGCAGGAUCAGUGAGAUAUAAGAAUUCAUAAUCAGUAGUAAUCAAAGUCUUCUUAGGAUUAUUUUUAACAGUGUUAAUCUGGUGGUUGGUAAUAAAUAAAAUUAAUAAAAUUUAAGUUUGGAUAUGGUUUUUCUUUUGGUGAUGAUUUCUAAACUAAAUUUAUGGGAGGAACAAAAUUAGGUGGAGCUAAAUGGGAAGUAACAGCUUAUGGUAAUGAUUAUACAAACUUUGGUAAAAUAUAUAAUUUAUUUGAAUUUUAGUUUUCAGAGCAUCAGGUGCUGCAGUAGGAACAGCUAUUUUAGCAGGAGCAGCAGCAGAAAGAAUGACAUUUUUAGGUUGGUCAAUCUUUACUCUUCUUUAUUCUGGUUUUAUUUAUGCAGGAUUAACACAUUGGACAUUAGCAGCAGGAUGGUAUUUUAAAUUUUAAAAUAUUUUAGGUUGAGUACUCUUGGAUAUAAAGAUUUUUCAGGUGCAGGUGUUAUUUUUUAUGCUGCAGGAGUAGCUGGAUUAAUAUUGACAGUGUUAUUGAAACCAAGAAGAGCUAGAUUUGAUAAUGGAUAAACUCUAGAUUUUAAUAGACAUUCUCCAUUGUAUAUAGGAUUUGGAUCAUUAUUAGUCUUUGCUGGAUGGUUAUUUUUUAAUGGAGGUGUAGUAAGUUAAGGAGCUAAAUCAUAAUACUUAUAAGGAUUAGUAGCUGUAAAUACAUUAAUUGGUGGAGCAACAGGAGGAUUCUUUAGUUUUGUAAUUAGAUAUUUCUAAUAUGGAACUUCAAAUUUAGCUGCUUUAUCUAGAGGAAUAAUUUGUGGUUUAGUAGCUGUAAGUGCAGCUGCUGAUGAUAUGAAACCAUGGACAGCAUUUCUUUAUGGUGCUAUUGCUGCAUUGAUUUAUAGUUUUUUAGCUAAAGUUAUGCCUGCUGCACAAAUUGAUGAUCCAGCUGAAGUUGUACCAGUUUAUUUUGUAAUUAUUUAUAAUUAUAUUAAAUUAGGGUUCAGGAUUAAUUGGUAUUAUAUUAUCAGCAUUAUUUGAUACUAAAGCUGGUGCAUUCUAUGGAUUUGGUGCUAAAUUAUUAGGUAAGUAAUUGUUAGGAUUAUUAAUCAUAUUUUCUUGGGUGACCUUCUUUACAUUAAUUAUACUUUUAGCCUUAAAAGGUUUUGGUAUCUUAAGAAUUGAUGUUGAAACUGAAAAUGCUGGUAUUGACAAAGCCUAAUGUAAAUAUAUUAUUAUAUUAAUUUUAGGUUUGGGUGAAGCUAUUGUAUUCGCUAAUCAAGUCGAUGAAGUUCCUCUUGUUUAAUAAACUGAAUUAGGAAAUCUUAGAUCAAGUUAAUUAGGAUCAGGAAUCAGAUCUGGAUUCAAAUGAAUCAAUUACAUAAAUUAUAAAUUAGAACAUUU